AUGAAGGACUUGAUGUCGCGGAAAUUUGACUUCCAGGACCUGUCCACUGUAACUCUGACACAGACCUGCAGCGCGGUAGUGACAAAACCUAUGGCCCAAAAGGUGUCUGAUCCAAGUAGCUUCACUAUCCCAUGCACUAUUGGGAGUUAUGCUUUUUCUAAAGCAUUGUGUGACAUGGGAGCCACCAUAAACUUGAUGCCCUUGGUAAUCUAUACAAAACUGGGCAUUGCAAGAGCUAGACCGACCUCAAUAUUGCUGCAACUGGCUGAUCGCACAGUCAAAAGACCGACAGGUAUUCUUGAUGAUGAGCUUGUGCAAGUGGGGAAAUUUGUAUUUCCUGUAGACUUUGUUAUUCUUGACUGGCAGGUGGAUAAAGAGAUACCUAUCAUUCUGGGAAGGCCAUUCUUAGUCACUAUCAGAGCAUUAAUUGAUUGCGAGACUGGAGAGUUGAGAAUGAGUUUGAACAAUGAAGAAAUAAUAUUUAACGUUCAAAAAUCCAUGAGGAGACCCAGUGAAUUUGCAAACUGCUCAUUAGUGGAGGCCGUGGAUGUGAUACUAUAA